UCCUCCUCCGUGUCCCUACCCCCUUCAAUCCCCUACGUUCUUCCAGGCAGCGACGGCCCUCCAAAUUUCAGCGUCAUCUCGAAAUCCACUCUGACAAUUUCCUGAUUCGCUUGACUGUGAUUGAGAUAAACUAUUGACUAAAUUGAUUGGAUAGAUUUUGGUUUCCUGUUAUGGCGGAUUCGGAUAAUGAAUCCGGAGGAGGCCAGAACAGUGGCGCGCACGGCGAUUUGUCGGCGCGUGAGCAGGACAGAUUCCUUCCUAUAGCAAAUGUGAGCAGGAUCAUGAAAAAGGCACUCCCCGCCAACGCCAAGAUCUCCAAGGACGCAAAGGAGACCGUCCAGGAGUGCGUCUCGGAGUUCAUCAGCUUCAUCACCGGCGAGGCCUCCGAUAAGUGCCAGCGCGAAAAACGGAAGACUGUCAACGGCGACGAUCUGCUCUACGCGAUGACUACACUUGGCUUCGAGGAGUAUGUGGAGCCCUUGAAGAUUUACCUCCAGAAGUACAGAGAGAUGGAAGGUGAGAAGACCUAUAUGGGACGACCGGGUGAGAAGGAUGACGGCGCCAGUGGUGGAGGAUCAACCACUGGUGGUGGCGGGGCAGGCGGUGGAGACAAUUCGAGUGACGGGGGGUUUAAUAGUGGUGGGGGUAUGUACGGUGGGUUGCCGAUGAUGGGGCAUCAUCAGGGACACAUGUACGGCUCUGGUGCGUUUCAUCGUCAGAUAAGUGCUGGGGAAAAGCGGGUCGGGUGAUGGUAGUGGUCGUGGAGCAGUAAGGUCAAGGUAAGUGUAGUUUAAAGCUUCGUUUGUUAAUUAGGGUCGGGUCGGAAGUAGUAGCUAGUGUUUCUAAUGGAAAGGAGGGAGACAGUGAAGAAAAAACAUAUGAUAUGUAUCAUAAGGGAUUUAGGAAUGUAGAGGGGUUGGUGAUACAUGUUUCUUGCCCUGUUGUUUUUAAUUGAUAAAUGAGAAGGUGAUCUAGGACCUUUCUUUCACUGCUAAUUUUAGUAAAUUUUUGUAGAAAUUAAUCUACUGGUUAAUUGAUUAGGGAUAUCAAUUGGAUUGACAGCUUUGAGUUAUGACGAAACAGGAGUUUCUUUCUUUGGACAUAUGUUCUUUUUUCAGGGAAAAAAAAGGGCAUUCUUCA